AUGCUAGGAGCCCAAUUCCAACUUCGUACAUCCAGUGGUUUCAACACUCUGAAAACAACAGAUCAAAGACAUCACCCGAAUUGUCGUUUAAUCUCACCGCAAAGAACUGGUCCUCCUGUUUCUUCCUCUUCCUCUUCUUCUUCUUCUUCUUCUUCUUCCUUUCGCUUCUCAAUUAAGAGAAUACGAUGUCGCUUCCAAUGUCCCAGAUCAAUAACAGUUUCUUGUAAGGCUUCUAGUGGUAGCAGUGGAUCCACUAAUGCUCAUAAUGAUCAUGAUCUUGAUUAUCUCCCAGCUUCCCUUCUUGUUUCAGAGACAGUCUCUCACUAUCGAAUGCGGAAGCAAGGAUUUCAAGAAGAGAUUAGAUGGCAUCCAUCUGGUAAAUUAGUAUCUCCUUUUGGUGUGCAAGCAAGAAAGGAAGCAAGGCCUGAUAUGGGUCUAUUAGGACAUGGUUUUCUUCGUCGAUUUCAAAGUCCCACGAUUUUCCUUAAAGUUUCUUGUGAUGGUGACUUUGUGCUGCCGAUUAUUGUUGGGGAGUUUGCUAUUGAGAAACUGAUAGAUGGAAUGCAAGGAGAUGAAAAUGCAGUUUGUGCUGAUCAGUUCCAGCUAGUGGGAAACGUAGCAGAAGAGCUUGGAUAUGAUGUAAAAAUGGUACGGAUUACAGAAAGAGUGGCAAAUACUUACUUGGCAAGAUUAUGUUUUAGCAAGCCAGGGGAAAAUGAUAUUCUUAGUGUGGAUGCACGGCCGUCGGAUGCCAUAAAUGUGGCAAGCAGAUGUAAGGCACCAAUUUAUAUAAGUAAACAAAUUGUUUUUACGGAUGCUAUUCGAAUUGGUUAUGGGGUCGGAAGAGGGCAUGAUACAAAGCCUACUUAUGAUGUGUCCCUUGAUAGUGCCGCUGAUGGUCCAGACUCACUGGUUGAGGAACUUGAUCUUGUAAGGAAUAUGAAUUUAGCCGCUAAAGAGGAAAGUCACACAAUGAAAGCUGUUGCAUAUUACAAUCAGUUGAUAUUGAUUACCGACUCUUGCAGCCAUGUGGAGAGACAGACUAAUGGAGCUUCGCAAGUCAAGAAAGGAACAUUAGCCGACUUAAGUGUGUGGCUUGUGACUGGUCUGUUUGAGCUUGGUUCAUAUGUAGUUUCAGAUGAAAUUUGA